GCAACUUAAUGCCUUAGUGGGACCCUAUCUAAAAAAGAAAAAAAAAGUAGUAAGCCUGCUCUAAACUGAGUAUAAAAGAAACCACUCUGGUGGUUUCUGGAAGCAAACUUUUGAAGGAUGAAUUUCUGCUGAGUAGGUUUAUCUCAGUGUCAGUAUGUGUAACAAAGUAUUGUUGACUUUAAUUUUAAAGCCCUGCUUUACUUCUUUCAACAUUUAUUAUUUUAUUUCAUCAUCACAAACUAUACUUCAGUAGGCAACAUUGCAAGGGCACUCCACUUUGCCAAAGAUCACGGUUUUUGAAUACGGCUGUAUUCAAAACUACAAUUCAUCUAGGUCUAGCAUUAAUGCUAUUAAUCAUAACCUUCCCAUGAGAGCAGUUCCAUGUUUGAAGAGACAUGGUAGAGAUAAAGUUUGUAAAGGACAUUUAGAAAACCUUAAGACUCAAGAUAACAAAUACUGCAUCUGCUAAGUUCCAUACGAAGGCUCUCUCCGCUGGGCUCUUUCAGUACACUUAAAAACUCUUACUCCUUAAAAUUCUUAUUUGGCAUUUCCUAAUUACUGAUUUGUAUUCCUGGCGAUGCUCUGCAGCAUACUCGAACCUCCAAGUAAAUCCAAGGAGUAGUGCUGGAUAGGCUGCCAAGAAACCUGUUCUAGUCUUGUCUCUGUCACCAACUACUGGUACGAAACUCAGUUUCUUUUCAACUUUGGUUGUAGGAUACGCUCUGCCUAACAUAGCAGGCGCUUAAUAUUUGACAUGAUUCGGCUCAAUCUUUCAUUGGCAGGGGUUUGAGAAUCCUUAACAUCAAAAGAAACAGGGUUAUCCCCAUCCCGUUUCAGUCCUUGACGCUUUCUGCAGGUUGAACUGUGCCAACGGGCCUAGGAACAUAGUCGAAAGUGGAGAAAAGAAGGGUUAAACCAGCAAUUAAGGUCUAUACUGCUAGGUGCUCACAUCCUUCACAGUGACUAUUCGGGGUAGCGCCCAAGAUGCAGGUUAGGUUAUAUACCUGGCAUUUCCCUACCCUUUCACCGCACCCCAAACCAGCCUCAUUUACAUCCCGCCCCCUCAUUUACAUAGAACACGCCCAGCAGAUUCCCGCACCCAGAGCUCUGGAGCCUUUUGAGCUCCAGGCGCGUCCUGUUCUGCGGGCGGUCCCGGAACCUCCCCGGACUGAGCACUUGUCUGUUUUCGGCUUCACGAAGGUCGAGGCGGCGACCCCAAUAAGCCCCACCCAGUGGCGCUGGCAGGGGCCGAGAGAGUCCCGUGUGGUCGUCGGGCGUCCUCUUCCCAGCGCGGCAGGCUACUGGCCUUUCCCGCCUCUCCCCGAGCCCUGAGGGAGCACGCCGGGACCAACUCUGGAGAAACCCCGAGCGUCCCACCCCACCCGGCCGCGCCUCGCUUUGCCUCGCCUCACGCUCGACGGGAGAGGCGGGACCAAUCAGCGAGCGACGUCUCCCUUCCGAUUCGAGGCUCCCGACGCGCGCCUCACACCCCGAGCUCCCGGUGCGCUGAUUGGCUGUGCGUGUCGUCGGUCCGGCCGGGAGGCGGGGCGGGCCGAAGGCAGAGGGAGGGUAGAUUCCCGAGACUCUUUCUAUAGUGUGGCUUGUUGCCUAUAGUAAGAGCAUGUCGUCCAUCUUGCCAUUCACUCCACCAGUGGUGAAGAGACUUCUGGGAUGGAAGAAAUCAGCUGGUGGGUCUGGAGGAGCAGGCGGAGGAGAGCAGAAUGGACAGGAAGAAAAGUGGUGUGAAAAAGCAGUGAAAAGUCUGGUGAAGAAGCUAAAGAAAACAGGACGAUUAGAUGAGCUUGAGAAAGCCAUCACCACUCAAAAUUGUAAUACUAAAUGUGUCACCAUACCAAGCACUUGCUCUGAAAUUUGGGGACUGAGUACACCAAAUACCAUAGAUCAGUGGGAUACAACAGGCCUUUACAGCUUCUCUGAACAAACCAGGUCUCUUGAUGGCCGUCUCCAGGUUUCACAUCGAAAAGGAUUGCCACAUGUUAUAUAUUGUCGGUUAUGGCGCUGGCCUGAUCUUCACAGUCAUCAUGAACUCAAGGCAAUUGAAAACUGUGAAUAUGCUUUUAAUCUAAAAAAGGAUGAAGUAUGUGUAAACCCUUAUCACUAUCAGAGAGUUGAGACCCCAGUUUUGCCUCCGGUAUUAGUGCCACGGCACACUGAGAUUCUAACAGAACUGCCACCUCUGGAUGAUUAUACUCAUUCCAUACCAGAAAACACUAAUUUCCCAGCGGGAAUUGAGCCACAGAGUAAUUACAUCCCAGAAACGCCACCACCUGGAUAUAUUAGUGAAGAUGGAGAAACAAGUGAUCAGCAGUUGAACCAAAGUAUGGACACAGGAUCUCCAGCUGAACUGUCUCCUACUACUCUCUCUCCUGUUAAUCAUAGCUUGGAUUUGCAGCCAGUUACCUACUCUGAACCUGCAUUUUGGUGUUCCAUAGCAUAUUACGAAUUAAAUCAGAGGGUUGGAGAGACCUUCCAUGCAUCACAGCCCUCACUUACUGUAGAUGGCUUUACAGAUCCAUCAAAUUCAGAGAGGUUCUGCUUAGGUUUACUCUCCAAUGUUAACCGAAAUGCUACAGUGGAAAUGACAAGAAGACAUAUAGGAAGAGGAGUGCGCUUAUAUUACAUAGGUGGGGAAGUUUUUGCUGAGUGCCUAAGUGAUAGUGCAAUCUUUGUGCAGAGCCCCAAUUGUAAUCAGAGAUACGGCUGGCACCCUGCAACAGUGUGUAAAAUUCCACCAGGCUGUAACCUGAAGAUCUUCAACAACCAGGAAUUUGCUGCUCUUCUGGCUCAGUCUGUUAAUCAGGGUUUUGAAGCUGUGUAUCAGCUAACUAGAAUGUGUACCAUAAGGAUGAGUUUUGUGAAAGGAUGGGGAGCAGAGUAUCGAAGGCAGACAGUAACAAGUACUCCUUGCUGGAUUGAACUUCAUCUGAAUGGACCUCUACAGUGGUUGGACAAAGUAUUAACUCAGAUGGGAUCCCCUUCAGUGCGCUGCUCAAGCAUGUCAUAAAACUUCAACACCGAUCAAAUUCCAUCAAAAGACUUAACAACUCUUCUGUCAUAGUAUUUGUGUGUGGUCCCAAUGGACUGUUUGCUAUCCAAAAAUUCCAGAGAGAAAACAGCACUUGAGGUCUCAUCAGUUAAAGCACCUUGUGGAAUCUGCUUCCUAUAUUUGAAUAUUAGAUGGGAAAAUUAUUGUCUAGAAAUACCCUCCCAUAAAGGAGGAAGAGAAGAUUUACAGACUUAAUCAUGUCUUGUUGGGCAUAAGACUGAAUGUCCCAAAGGUUUAUUAAUAACAGUAGUAGUUUUGUGUGUACAGGUAAUGUAUCAUGACCCAGUAUCUCAGUAUUGUGCUGUUCAUACAUUUUAGUUUGCAUAAAUGAAGUGUGUGUGUGUGUGCGCGCGCGUGUGUGUGUGUGUGUGGCUUCUUGAUGUAGGCAAGCCUUUAUAAAGUUACAGUACCUAAUCUGUUAUUCUCACUUCUGUUAUUUUUGUGUCUUUUUUAAUAUAUAAUAUAUAUAUCAAGAUUUUCAAAUUAUCAUUUAGACGCAGAUUUUCCUUGUAGAAAAACUAAUUUUUCUGCCUUUUACCAAAAAUAAACUCUUGGGGGAAGAAAAGUGGAUUCACUUUUGAAAUCUCUGACCUUAAUGUGUUCAUUGGGGCUUAACAGUCAUUCUUUUGUGUUUAUUUACUACUAAAUCUCAGUAUAAGAAAAUCAUAUUGAAAACUUUUCCAAACCUCUUUUUUUGAUCUCCUUUUGUUCUGAUAACUAAAUCAGUGUGGUGUGACAUUGCUGGUAAUGACUGCACUGAUACUGCUGGCACCAGUUAAUUCUGAGUCAAGUACAUGUGGAGUAAAUCCCUUGUCUUACAACCGGAUUUCAGCUGAUACUAAUUGAUUUUAUAGCCUGUCAGUUUAUAGAUUUAACCUUCCACCUCAUAAAGAAUGCACAAGUGGCAGUAUAAUUAUUUUCAGGGAUGUGCUAGAAUUCAGUAUAUUUAUCCUUUUUUAAAGCCAAUCUAUAAAUAAUAAGUACCCUUUUUGAAAGGUAUUUUAAGAUAUUACAGCAGCAGACCUGCUCUUUGAGUACCUUCAUUUGACUUAGUUACCAGAUUGUGUUAUGAAAUGGACCUUUUGUAAAUGUAAUUGCUUCUUCAAAAUACCUGGAAAAGAGAUGCUGAGGUAUGAUCAGCAGAUAAGGGCCAUUGUUUUUAAAGUGUGUUGUAUUCAACGUAUAAAUUGAAUGCUAUUUUACAUAGUUACCAAUUCAAAAUUUUUAAAAAUUGGGGGAGAAGCUAUUUAGCAGGGUUUUCCCCCCAAGCUUACAAGUAGAUAUCUGAGCUGCUCUUAGCUAAUAUGGGGUAUGUGGUUGACCAUAUUUUGUGCUCCCCAGUGAGGGGAGAUUCCAGGAGCUCAGUUGGUCAUCCACUCUGUAGCAAGUAGUGAUUAUGUCUAAUGUUGACGCAUUGCGGUAUAAACCUUCUUGUUUGCAUCUCAGUAGAAAUGGAAAAUAAUCACUCUUGAAUCCCUUUUCGUAAAUUUUCAUAGUUUUGAAGAUAGAAAUCUUUGGUACUUGUUCUUUGAAACCAUAUUCACCUGUAUGUACAGGUAUCAUUUUCGAUACUGUCAGCAUUGGGUUGUUUUUUAUUGAAUACUUCCCAUUUUCCUAUUUGUGUGUAUAUGUAUGUGUUCAUGUAAAUUUGGUAUAGUAAUUUUUUAUUCAUUCAGCAAAUAUUUAUUGUUCACCUGUAAUGUGCCAGGAACUUUGUUAAAACCUUUGGGUAAAGGUGAACAAGACAGCUACACCUCCUGCCUCUGCUGAGACAGCAGUUACUCUAACCCAUAAUCAUCUUAUGUGUCUGAAGGAGAUAAACAGGGUACUGUGCUAGAGAAUAACAAGUAGCAUGCUUCAGAUAGGACAUCAUCAGGAAGGCCUCUCAGGAAGUGAUGCUGGAGCUAACACCUGGACCAGAAGCAGCAAGUCUUACGAAGAACCGAGGGAGAGAAGCACUCCUGGUGAAGAGCACGGCUGCAAAGGCACAUCUUAAAGGAAACUCUGUUAGAUGGUAAUGCUUUCUUUAUACAGAAACCUCUCUACAAAUCCAAACUUGAAGAUCAGAAUGGUUCUACAGUUUAUAACAUGUUGAAGGUGGCCUUAUUUUGUGAUAGACUGCUUUGUGUCAUUCUCACUAAUAUAUCUUCCUCAAAUCUUUGCUGUAAAAUUGUUUUGCACCAGGUCAGUACCACUUAAUAAGAUAUAACUACCCAUGCUUGUACAAAUUUUCACCAGUAUAAUGACCUGCUUGCUUCCAGACAUUCUGCUGCCCACUAAUCACUAUUUCUACUGCCCAAUUUGGGAUUAGAGUAAAUGUCCCCACUGUUAUCAUGGUGGGGCCUGCUGAUGAUAAUCAGUGGAGCCUCUGCGCCUUAGUGGGAAUUUUUAUAUACUUGAGAACGUGUAUACUGCUGCUAGGGAGUAGUCCUGGGGACAGAGAACAACUUUGAAAGCAGUAGAAGGUCCUACCAGUUACAUGUUAAAUGCAGCAGUGCCAGCAAUGGCAUUUCAACAGUGGAACAUAUCUCCACAGUUCAGGUAGGACUUUUCCAUACAAUAUGAAACCAGGACUGAACUCUUUGCAAACACUUGUUGUAAUGAGCAGCUGUACCUCUUGAGCAAUUUCAUCAUGGUAACGAUUACAUUUAUGUGAAUAUGUUUAAUGAUCAUAUGUUUUUAUGAGA